GGAGGUGCAAAAGUUGAAGAAUUCUAUGGAAGAUGGUUACAAGGAGGCUGUUGAAGAUUAUCACUUCUCCGUGGUAGAACAGCUUACUGAAUUGAAGGAUAAAUUAGAUAAAACUUAUUUGAAGAACGAAGCGUUGGACAAUAAGGUUGCGACGAUAUCAAAAGAAUUGGAGGACAUUGCGCAUGGUAAGGAUGAGGAGAGCAAAGCAUUGAAAGAGAAAUGUAUGGAUAAAAUAAACGCUGCGUGCGAGCGAAUCGAUUCGUUUAUGAAAGAAAAGAACCGAGAAUUGCAAUUAAAACAGGACUGGCUCGAAAAGAAAGAUAUGGAAUCUUCGCAAAGGGUAGCAGGAAUUAAAACUGAAGUCGAAUUGUUGACUAACAAAGUACACGACCUGGAAACUAAACUGGAAAUCAAGAUUAAAGACGAAAAUAAAUUGCAAACGAUGAUAGUCGAGCAAUACGCAACGAUGAAGGAAGAAAUAAAUAAAAUGAGGAGUGAGAUUGAUGAGACCCAAAAACAAAAUCAAAAUUUACUGGCCCAAGUCUCUGCCUUGAGAAGAAGCAUUGCGAAACUCGAAAAAUCGAAAGAGAAACUUGAGUACAAUUACGAAAAGAAAUUAACGCAUGCAAUCAAGAACAAAGACGUGGAGAUAAGAACGUUGCAAUUGCGGUUGAAGGAACAGGAAAACGAAUUAUGCACAUCUCUUAGCACGAAAAAGCAAAACGAGGUGGAUAAUAUCGCUUCCACAUUAGAGAAACGAUAUAAGAUGCUGUUAGCACAAACGGAGGCGAUGUCGGAAAGCCAGACACAAGAAUAUCUUAGGAAGAUAGCUAAUUUAGAAGAUCAAGUUCUCAACAUGAAGAGGCUUUAACCCGAAUCUUAUAGGUUUAGUAGUUUUUAGUAAGUGUUAA